AUGGAGGAGAAAUACGUAAUUAUCAAUAUAUCUGGACAAAUCUAUAAAAUACAGAGACAUCUAAAAAUUAAACUACCAGCAGAAAACAAAAGAAUAUGCAUAACUGAAAAUGGUGAAAUGCAAACUCACUUUAUAUAUUACAGAGAUAAAGACGUGUUUGAGAGAGUUUUGAAAUUCUAUGGUGGAUCUUGUAUUCAUAUUCCUCAUAAUGUUUGUCCUGUUGAAUUUGUCGAAGAGUUAAAGUUCUGGGGUAUCAAUCCUAGUGCCUUGUCAUCAUGCUGUUUUCUAAAAUGCAAACAACAGACAGCGGAAAACGUUUUGCUACACACCUACAUGAAAGAUCAAGGCAUAGAGGAGGUAGACACACUAUCUACCGCUAUUUCAAAAUUACAAAGACUUUUGUAUGGCCGGCAUAUACUGGAAAUAAACGGAAAUUCUAUGCCAUGUAAGGUUUAUUUUGCCUUAUCAACAUUUUGUAUUCUGCUUGCGGUAUUUAGCAUAGCAAUCAGCACUUUACCAGAGUACAGACGACAUGACUCUGAUACUAAUGUAACUGAACAUGAGUAUGCUUGUUCCAGCUGUUCAGGUGCCUUUUCGGAUGUAAAUAUUGCAUUUAUGAAACCAACAAAGCUCUCGUCAACUCGUAACACCGGAUGUUGUGACUCUGACUAUGCCGUUGAUGGAGACACACGUGAUUGGGUGAAAGACAGUGUUUGGGAAUUCAGGUGUUCACAUACAGUCGGUGUACCAAAUCAGCAGCAGGAAUGGUGGGCAGUCGAUCUACUAGAUAUAUAUACUAUUCGGCAUAUAGAUAUUUAUGGACGGACAGAUGAUCGUUGUGAGUAUACAAUUUAA